CUGUAAGACGCAAAUCAGGAAAAGGAAACCGAACAGAGACUGGGCAAAACAGGCCAGCUUGGGAGGAAUGGACCGGCGUAGGCGUUUCUCUCCAUGGCCGGUUCUACCACUCUCCCCUCUCUCACGUAAGAGAGCGGCAGAGGCACGGCGUGCUGCUGGCGACUGGCGUCGUGCAUGGCGGUCGUGCGUCGUGCAUGGCCCUCGGCCGUUCAUCCUGACGAGGACAUAGUCUUUUGUCGAGCUGUAUCGACUCAAGCUGUUGGCCCCACGCAGCGCAGCACCUUCGUCUCUUCUGCUUUCCUCUGAGGGGCAGGAGCUGCUCUCUCGUCCAACCUUGGAUUGCGGUAGGUGGGUCAGGUUCCGAGGCCCUGAAGGGGUCAUUUUAGGUGUUAAUAACCCUUUGGGGGUUAAGUAUUAAGGGGUUAGCAGCCCUCUCGGGUUCAAUUGAGGGGUCAACAGCAUUUUGGGACACUGGAUCUGAACCAGUGCGGUUCAUUUCAGGGCCCUUGACGACCUUUUCAGGGGAUUAGGAAGCCUCCGAGGUGCUACCGAUUGACCCCUUGGGGUGAACAACCUGUUAAAUUAGGUCACUUGGGGGCUUGAGAGGCCCUUUUUUUUUGGGGGGGGGGGGGGGGCGCGGUCAGGAUCACUGGCAGUGGUAACCACCAGACCCUUCUUCUGGGUACGAAGAGUUUAGUUUCAAUGGCAGCCACAAAUUCGCUUGCUAUACAGUCCAUGGCGUCCUACACCACGUCAUCCCUUCGGCUACCGUCCAGUCCCGCCGCCUGCUCUUCCAGCGUCUGUUCGUCAAAUGCCAGCACGAUGUUCACGAUCAGGACAGCACCUAGAACACCCUUGAUUCCUACUACUGCGGCAGUGUCGACGGUGGCAGGACAUGGAGCCGGCGCAUCGGAAUUCAUGGGGAGAAGAAGCACGGGGAGUCCACAAGUGAGAAUACACACGGACAGCUCAAGGGUGCCGCUAACAACAAAGAGUCAACCCUUGCAACCUGUGCGUGCAGCGAAGGGCAAGCAGCGGUUUCGCAGACCACCUGGCUAUCAACAACCAAGGGUGCCUCAGCUUCCUAAUUUGGAGGAGGAUGGUAAUUCCAAGUUUAUCCUAUUCAUUCGGUCGAAGAACGUACCUCAGUGGUAUCCACUCAGCGUUGUGACCGGCGGGUCGCAAGCGAACAUUUUGACGACCAUGAUGGAGAGUAAGUUCGGAAGGAAACUUUACCAAAGCACGUUGACGAGAAAUGUUGCAGCUGUGAUCUACAGGGACGAAAAAGAGGUGCAAACGACGGCAAUUAAGCAAUGGCCGGUGUUGAAAAAUGCAACAGCAUUUGAAUACGGGUACAAAGUGGCAGACAAGAACAACCCGCGGGCCUCUUUCAUGGCGUCCAACGUGAUCAAGAUACCUCCCGAGAGUGAGCUGAAGACAGUGGCGGGCAGAGUCAAGGAUUUCUGGACUAAUCUAACCUCAGGUGGAAGUUCGAGUGAAGGAAACUCGGACAAACCGAAGAAAAGCGGCGGGAAAAAGUAGAGGACCCCUAAGAAAAGUGGCGGGAAAAAGUAGAGGAACCCUAAGAAAAGCGGCGGCCCGGGAAAAAGUAGAGGAACCCUAAGAAAGCCGCGGGAAAAAGUAGGAGGUACUCUGAGACUGUGUUUUGUCAUGUUCGCUAAUACACAACCCCGGGGAAAAAAGCGCAUGACUUUGCCAGACUGUUUCAUUGGACUUUCACCGAUAUGUUAGGAGGUUCAACCCCCCUACUCUGUGUGUGUGUGUGUGUGUGUGUGUGUGUGUGUGUGUGUGUGUGUGUGUGUGUGUGCGCGUGUGCGUGUGUGUUUUGGGUGUGUACUCGUACGCACGCCUGGUCGCUUUACUCCGCGCUGGUGUGUGUGUGAGUGUGUGUUUUGGGUGUGUGCUCAUACACACGCCUGGUCGCUUUACUCCGCGCUGGUGUGUGUGUGUGAGUGUGUGUUUUGGGUGUGUGCUCGUACGCACGCCUGGUCGGCUUACUCCGCGCUGGCUGAGCUCCGGCAUAAUGGCCGGCACACUAUGGAAUC